AUGAAACUACCAUCUUCGUUAUGCAGCGAAGCCAAACGCUUCAAGGAUUUGCAGCAGUGUGUGGACGCGCCGCCGCUGCUUGUUCUGAGAACCUCGGAAGCGCUUGGCCCUCAGGCUUGGCUGCUUGUUGGGUCGCACUCAACUCAGCUGGGCUGCUUCAUAGCAGAGACAGGUGUCGCACUCUGGCGCACAGAGCUUUCCGACCGUAUUGAGGGCGGCUGUGCUUGCGCAUCCAUCGCUGGCCGCCUCUUGGUGUACGCCGUCUGCUACGAUGGAAGGAUGCAUUGUCUUGACCUUGUGUCCGGUUCUCGGCGCUGGUCCUCAUCUGUUUCUCUGCCAACUGAUGCGAAUACGGAGAUCAAGAGCGCUCCACUUGUUGAUUCAGAAGCAGGCAUCGCUUUGACGGGCACUCACGGAGGCACAGUUGCCGCGUUUUCAGCAUGUGCUGGGCAUUUGCUAUGGCGCUUGCGGCUACCUGGUGCCAUUUUCGCAACUCCUCUGCUCAUGCCAGCCAGGGGCGAGAUGUCGCUUGGGUACCUGUGUCUGACCAGGGGCCAAGCAAUCUUCAAGUUCUUCUGCGGAGCAACCAGCGUGUCCUGGCUGUCUCAUGAUGUCAUGUCGUUUGAUGACUUUGAAGAGGGUGUCGGACCUAAUUGCACUGUUCAAGUUUGCAAUUCUCAGGACUUCAGCCAGAAGCCUGUGCAAGCUUGGUCCGUGCGCUUGGCCGCGCCAAUAUUUGCUGCUCCGGUUUUUGUGGAGGCAUUAACUUCACUAUUGGUGCUCUCUGUGGAGGGUCUUCUGGCACUUUUCACAGCUGGUGGCGAUAUCGUUUGGAGCUUGAGCCUGGAUGGUCAGGCAUUCGCAACACCAUGUGUCCAUGAAGGCCAGGCUUUUGUUGGCACACAUGGGGGUGGCGUCUCGGCCGUGCGUCUGGUGGACGGACAUUUGUUGUGGCGUUGUGAACUCAGCGAUGUCAUCUACGGAUCACCUUUCCUCUUGAAGCCUGCGCAGACACGGGGCUGGGAGGACAGAUGUUUGCUUGUGGCGACUCGAAGCGGUGUCCUUCAUGUUCUUGAUGCAGCACAUGGAAGUCAACUGCAGCAAGCUCAACUAGAAGGGGAGGUUUUUUCAUCACCGGUUUCCUGGAGUAGCUGUGGUGAACGCCCUGACACGGAUGUCCUGCAACAGCAUGAAGUGGCUACUGUCCAUAUAGCAGUUGGCUGUCGCGAUAACCACGUGUACUGUUUCAAGCUGCAAGAUCUUCAGCCUGCAAGCCUGGACACCGAAGCUGCUUCGUGGGCGACCAGCACUGGAAGUCAGUGUGAUGCCAAGGAGGCCCCAGCUUGA